AGGACAACAGAUUAUUUACAUCAGAAGAAAGUGCUUCUAUACAACUAAAGGUGAUGUCGAUCAAGUCUUCAGGAUUAUCUUCGAAUGUAACUAACAUUAGUAUUACUUAUGUCGCCUCCCCUGACCAUUACGUGUAUUGGAUUGGUCCGAGAGAAGAUGGUAGAACAUGGCACGGUGGUAUAAAAACACAGACCAUGCCUGGAAGUGAUAUAUAUACUGCUACUGUCGAUGUGGUAAAUCUUACUUCUCUUCGUUCUAUUUACUUUCGACUGUUUAAUGAAGAACAUACCAUAUCGUUACAGCUUAACACCAUUGCUGUAGAAACACCACAAGAACAGAACGUCAAACAACCACAUUCAAAACUUUUUGAAAUUGACACCAUCUACAUGGCACCAAACACUUCGGAUUUAACAAUAACAGGUGUUAUGAAUUUUAAUUAUUCAUUCAUGCAUAGUUUUUCUCCAAUUGAAGUCUUUUUUGAAGGCCUCAACACAAGUGCAGACCCGCCCACAUACUUUGAAAAAAUCGACUUUGAUUCUGAUAAAAUAAGUGUAAGCUUUUCACAAAGAUCAAAUAAAACAACCAAUUGUCAUAUAAAACUCGACCAGACUAUCGUUAAAUAUGGCGGCUUUCUAAACAUUCUUGUGCCAUAUAAGGAAUCUUCGAAAGACAGAAUGGUUGACAUAUAUUCAAGCGGCACCGCUGUUAAAAUUUAUCCUUAUGGCACUAAAGAUAUUCUACCCUACAAUGAAGUCGGAACAAUCCCACUCAAAAAUCAGACAGUUAUUUUUCCACCAUCUAGUAAAAUAAAGUGUUUAGCGAUUGGAAACCCACGACCUACUGCUUCAAUUUAUAAGAGAGAAGAUAAUGGUGGGUAUAAAAAGCUUGUAACAGAAACUUCUUAUCUGGAUAAGUACUCAAACGUUGAAGUACUUUCAUUGUCGGCAAAUAAACAGACACACGAGGGUCGUUAUGUUUGCAGGGCAUCAAAUGGUGAUAAAACAGUGGAAUCUGAAACUGACGUUGUCAUGCUCACAAAAGCUAUAUUCGACGAAUCUAUGACCGGUGUUUUAGAGAACUCAAGCACAACUAUCAUUGUUUCUUGUAAGGCCACAGGGAAGCCGAGACCAGAACUUGAAUUUCGUUUGUAUGAUGAAUACGGCCCUUUUAUGAUACGAUCUGGAUUGUUCAAGAUUUUGAAGACAAAAACAGGCCAUUACGCAUCGCAAAUAACCUUAACGUUGUCAGCUGUAGAGGAUGUUGAUAUACAUACCGUUUAUUGUUACGCUGCACAGGGCGAUAAGAACAGAAGUUUUGAAAUAAGCAAGAAAAUUAACAUUUUCCCUGAAGGAAGAGAUGUUAACUGGAAUCUCUACGACCGAGUUCGAGAAGCCCAAGUGUUUCAAUAAAUAUUUCGUAUCCUUAUCCAACAAUAUAUGAAUGCAGAACGAACUGGGUCUUUGUGUGCUUAACGUCGCACCAACACUGGAGAUGUAAUACUGCGACUUGCCAUGUCCAGCUUAACUGGUUAAUGUAGACGCCGCCUUUCCUUGUUGAACUUGUUUUAAAUUAUCAUAUUUCAGGGGCAUUUUUUAGGCACGAACAGGCACCUGAAUGGGACCAUCGAAGUUCCAUAAGCUAGAUGGAUAGCUUCGUCACAUGAUGCCAAUGUUCCUGGCGUAACCUGUUAUGGGAUUACUAGUCUAAGCAAUACGGACAUAUAUUUGGUACACAGCAGAACAUAUCAUCAAAUAGUCCAUUAUAUAAUUUUUGCUAAGUACAAGUCAUAUUGUACAUAAAACUAUUACAUUAUCUAAACAGCAUAAAUACAGAAAUUUUGAAUGCACAAUAUAAUAAUAUGCGUACGGACCAUGAAACAACAUGAUGAAGUCCCUGUUCGUGCCUAAUGUAAAGCCUAUACUCAAAAAAUAUUUUCUAUUUCUCUUAAUAUUGCACACCAUUUUCAAUGUUUUCAAAAAAAACCUGUUAUUAAUAUAAUGAAACUAUUUUGUAUAAUAUCUAAACUCAGCGUGUUUAUCGUGUUCAUUUCUUCAUGGUCAUAUAUUACUUCAACACUAGAUUAAAAAUUGAAGAGGAAAGUGUAUACAUUCAUAAACUACAAUGAAGCGCAA